UUUUCCUUUCCUUCUUUUCUAACCUUUCGUAUAAUUACAUUCUUUGCCUUUCUCCUUCUUCUUCUUUAGAUCCUAAGUAUCUUACUUUCCUUUUUCAUCAUCUUCUUCGAUCAUGGAGGUUUUCUUAGAGAUGCUUCUCACGGCGGUUGUUGCUCUCUUGUUUUCUUUCCUUUUGGCCAAGCUCGUUUCUGUUGCUACGGUGGAGAACGAUUUGAGUUCUGAUCAGCCGCUCAAGCCCGAGAUCGGUGUCGGUGUUACAGAGGAUGUUCGUUUUGGUAUGAAGAUGGAUGCUCGUGUUCUCGAAAGCCAGAGGAAUUUCCAAGUUGUUGAUGAGAAUGUGGAACUUGUCGAUCGGUUUCUUAGCGAAGAAGCUGAUCGAGUUUAUGAAGUCGAUGAAGCUGUUACUGGAAACGCUAAAAUCUGUGGUGACCGUGAAGCUGAGUCCUCGGCUGCAGCCUCGUCGGAAAAUUAUGUGAUCGCCGAGGAGGUGAUCUUAGUUCGAGGACAGGACGAACAGAGCGACUCGGCUGAAGCUGAGUCCAUUUCUUCUGUCUCGCCGGAAAACGUGGUAGCGGAGGAGAUUAAGAGUCAAGGACAAGAGGAAGUAACAGAAUUAGGAAGAAGUGGUUGCGUAGAAAACGAAGAAAGUGGUGGAGAUGUCUUAGUCGCUGAAUCUGAGGAGGUUAGAGUUGAAAAGAGUAGUAAUAUGGUGGAGGAGAGUGAUGCUGAAGCAGAGAAUGAAGAGAAAACAGAGUUGACUAUUGAAGAAGAUGAUGAUUGGGAAGGAAUUGAGAGGAGUGAACUUGAGAAAGCCUUUGCGGCUGCUGUAAAUCUUUUGGAAGAAUCCGGGAAAGCUGAAGAAAUUGGUGCUGAAGCUAAGAUGGAGUUGUUUGGCCUUCACAAGAUCGCCACUGAAGGGUCAUGUAGAGAGGCACAACCUAUGGCCGUCAUGAUCUCUGCUCGUGCCAAAUGGAAUGCGUGGCAAAAACUUGGAAACAUGAGUCAAGAAGAGGCAAUGGAGCAGUAUCUUGCACUUGUCUCAAAGGAAAUCCCUGGUUUGACGAAAGCUGGUCAUACUGUAGGGAAGAUGUCAGAAAUGGAAACCUCUGUUGGCUUGCCUCCGAAUUCAGGAUCAUUAGAAGAUCCGACCAACUUAGUCACAACUGGUGUUGAUGAAUCCAGCAAAAAUGUUUCAGGGGAGAGGUGAAUCCAGUGCUUAAGCAGGCAAGGCUUGAAGGAGGACUUUGGGAUAACAAAGGCAAAUCUAUUCUUUUGCAUAUAAGUAUUUUUUUAGGUGCAUCUGGAAACCAAAACACUUAAAUAUAUGUAUACAUAUGUGCGCGAGGACUGGUUGAUUUCUAGUGCAUUGAUUAUGCAAAGACCUAUGAUUUAUGAAUCAAGCAAGGGUAGUUAUAUGAAUAUGCUCUUAGGUUGUCUUUGGUUUGUUUCCACGUACCAGCCUACCUUUGGAAAUAAGCAAGCUUUCUUACUUGCAAGAAAGAGAGUUGAGAUAAGUCCAUGUGAAGCCUUCUCCCAGCUUAUGGAACCAUAUGGAGUACAAAUACACUCCAACUGCAAAACACAGAAUCUGGUAUUUCCAUUAGCCUGUAAAGCUCUUUGUCCUUAUGACACUGCACCAUUGUCCAAUAUCUUUCCAUUACAACUUGUAACGAUAUUUAAAAAUUGAAAACUAUUCCC